AUGAUUUGUUUUUUUAUGGUUAAAAAAAUUUAGGAGCAAAAUGAAUAUCAAUCAUCAUGUAUGCAAUGAAUUGAUGGAUUAACAAUCUUGAUUCAUAAAAAAACAUGACAUAAAUCUAAUGUAAAUUGAGUUGUUUUAGGAAAGAUAUGUGCUUUUGGGAUUGAAUUUAUAGCUAACACAUAGGAUGAAUGAGCAAGCUACACAAGAUAACAAUCCCUCUGCUCCAACAAUCCUUCCAGCAAAGCGAAGGCGUGGACGGCCACGCAAAGAUGGAGGUGUUGCCAAGAGAGGGAAUUUGCAGUCAGCAGCGAUGACAGCUCCAGCACCCGAAAACAUCAAGAAAGUUCAACGAAAUGCUGUUGAAGUAAACCAAAAAGAUGGCAUUAUUGGCAGUAACAACGGUGUAGGACAGAUGGUUUCUGGUGUCGUUGAUGGUCGUUUUGAUGCAGGGUACUUCAUUACGGUGAGGGUUGGUAAUAGCAGCAGCACGCUCCGUGGAUUAGUCUUCCAGCCAGGGAGAUUUGCCCCAAUUACACCAGCAAAUGAUGUUGCCCCAUCAGCUACAAUGUAUCACAGGAAUCAAGUUGCUAUAAACCAGCUUCAGCAAGAACAACAGCCAAAUGUGGCACCAGGACAACAAGUUUUAACUUCGAACCCAAUGUCAACUGCUCCAUUUAUACCAAAUACCAACCAAUUUCCUCCUGUUAUGGCACCUAACGAGGGACGAUGCAACGUGACUUCAACCUUGGGUGAAAAAGUCAUGCUGCAGCAGCCAAAUCAAGAUCAAAGAGUCCAAAUCCACCAAUCCCAUCUUACCAUUCCGGUGGAAAAUCUUAGAAUGGUUGAAAAGGAUGAAGUGAUGCGGGUAUUUGAAAUCCCGAACCAAUCAGAAGGGACUACUAAAAUGGUUGAAGAAUCCAUAUUGGAACCAAAAGGUAGUGACGGAACUAGCAAUCAGGUACAAAAAGCUCAAAACCAACUCAUGGGCUCAAUGUUUCAGUCUGACAUUCUUUUUCAUGGUAACCUUAACAGCCCAAGUGGUGAAAUUCAUCAUAAUCCUGUUGUGUCUAAGUCUCAAGAGGCGUUAGACAACCACCAGAUUGAAUCUGAAUCCAAGAAUGAUAAGCAACCGAAUCCUGAGCAGUCGUAUAUCCAAACUUUACUCCAGCCUGGAGAGUUGGUUCACUGUGCAGCCAAGAAACUUGAGAUCCACCAGUCUCCUCCUGUAAACGCUCAAACUCAACUCUACUCCUCCCAAGGGCUUCCUCCAAUGAAUGAAGAGAUUCAGCUAAAACAAUGGACUCAUGGCGGACAAGAAAACCCACAGAAUCAAUUCAAUCAAAGUACUCUAUUUGCUGAACUUAACUCUGUUUCCCCUGCUGCAGAAACUCAAGUUCAGCCAAGCAAUGAACUAAAAACCACAUUUCUUGAACAGAAUUAUGUUCAGAUGACUCAACCUCUAGAGGUUGGAGCUAAUGAGAAUCCGAAUCCCGAGAUCAACCAAGUACUGGUUGCUGGUGAAACUCAAGUUGUGCCUGAAGAGUCAAUUAGGACUACUUCAAUGGACUUCAUGAUGGAAAAUCUGAAUUAUCCAAAGAACGAUGAACCACAAAGCAUUCAUAUUGGACCUGAAGUUGACUUAUCAAGAAAUGUGGAAACAGCAAAUGAAACUAAGCAAGCAAGUGAUCCUCCUGGUGACAAACUAUUGCUAGGUUCUCAAUUAUCACCAAAGCAACAAGAGGUGGAAACCGAUAAUUCUGAUCAUUCAGCUAAACUUGAAACUCAGAACAAAAGUUGUGAUGGUGGCAACAUCAACCUGGAGAUGUUUCACCAAGUCAAACCUUGAAGCUGCUCAUGAAUAAGAGCAACAAUGUUAUAGAUCUUUAAGUAGCUGGCAGUAUAGGACCUUAUCUUCAUGUUAGACUUUGGUAACUUUUCUUUUUAUUUGCAAGAACUCAUCUGGAGUCACAGGACCUUAAUCAUCCCAACUAUGUCUGUUUUCCCCAACAGUAUGGCAGGUCCCCUUUGUUAGCUUUAGAGGCGGAACCAGAAUUUGAAGUUCAUGAGUUCUAAAUUUGUCACUGGAUGGAGAAAUCUAUAGCUUGCUUUAGUUACUAAGUUCGUAAUUAAAUAUUUAUACAUAUAAUAGAUUCCAUGAUUAUAAAUUUACAAUAUGAUUAAGAGAAUCAAAGGUGACCCCUUAAUCAAGAAUGAUUUAACUUGUAUACUUUGACAUUGUAAAGAAUUUUUAUAUUAUUAUCUUAACUGUCUCUAUGUAAUGUUCUAUCGUGAGAUUAGUCGUACAUAAGCAAAAGGAGUAAGGUAAGGAUCAUUAGAGUAAUAUUUCCAAUGAGCCUUGCCUGUUCUAUCAAUCCCUGCUAUUUUUCCAACUUGAUCUCGCGGAUACAUGUAAUUUUGAAAGAAUAUGUGUCUGGUGUGUGACAAACAACGUUUCAUUCCUUUGUCAAGGGCUCGAUCAAUUGAUAUGUUUUAUAAAUACUAAAAAGUCAAUUUCUUGAAUACUUGUAAAGUGCUGAAUUCAUCAAAAUAAACUUACAAAAUUCCUUGAAUAGUAUGGAUUUGAUUGAAUCAAAGUACUGUAAAUAUUCCCAAAAUUUAUUUAUUCCUACAGUUUGAACCCAUGAGUUGUUGAUUAGGAUUUAGGUGCAUGCAGUUGACAUAGAAAGGAAGACCAACUCAAGAUUCCUCUGUUGUAAAAAAAUACCAUAGACCUAUUUGCCUUUUGAAAAAGACAGGUUUGACAUUCUGAUAGAAGUAGUAGACCAGGUCUGAUUAGAAUGUUUUCUAUAAGUUGAGAUAGAAAGGAAAGCACAGAGAACAUAUACUUGUGCUCCUCAUGACAGGCGUAAAGCUGCGUAGUACUGCGUACACACCACCCUUUCCAGACCCCACUUGUCGAAAUACGUUCGGGUAUGUUGUUGUCUUCAAGCUAUAGAUAAAUGGAAGUCGUAGAUCUGUUUUUGGUUAUAUUUUUAAGUUUCUUAGCUGCAGUUUUCACCAUAAUUGUGAGGGAGAAUCUGCAGGAGUUUUGUGUUAAUUUAUUUUUCCUAAUCCUCCUCUUGAUUUUCUUUCUUACUUUCCCCAAGUCUUUCAUUUUCGUCCUUUACAACUGUUUUCUGAUUACCUGCAUUUCUAUGUUUAAAAAUGCCUUUAAAAUUCUGUGGACCUUGAUGUUUUCUUGAUUUGUAAUGCAUUUUAUUUUGAGAGUUAAUUAAGGAAGUAUUUGGAUUUGAAAAGAAUACGUCUCUACAUACGUGAUUGGCAUUAAUGAUGGGUUCUUUUGGUUAUUCUGUCUUCACAAAGAUAAGAGAAGGGGCAAGGGCUGGGUACUCGCAAGUCGCAACACUCUCCAAAUCUCACUUGUAAGGUUACACUAGGUGUGUUAAUUCGAGAUACAGUUGAAUGUUUGAAAAUUGACUCAAACUCCAGGAACCUUUAACUAGACGAUGACUGCAAAUUUGUAAUGAUGAUAUCUGAACACCCACAUAAGCAGAAUAAAGAUAACAAGCCAUCUGAAUUCAAAAAAGGGUAAUAAACCAGACACAAGAUCUUAUGAUUGAAAGAAAUGGCAAACCAAAACCAUAUCCACACAAGAAAAUUAGAAAGAA